AUUUAAAAAACUGAAACCUUCUAAAUAAUGGCUCAUUGUUAUCAGCUCGCUUUAAUGAGUCCUGCAUCCACUUUCACCAGAAUGCCUCUAAGAAGCUGCAGAGUAGUUGGAAGAUCCAGGAGCAAUGCCGUGGUUCCAGGCAGAGUCAAGUGCAGCGGUGCCGCCAAACUCUCAGAUGAACCCAUUGUCAGGCGAUCAGCCAAUUACCAACCUACCAUUUGGGGCUAUGAUUUUGUUCAAUCAUUGAAGAGCCAUGUGGGAAAACCAUCUGAGGAACGGGCUGACAAGCUGAAGGAAGAAGUGAGGCUGGUGCUUGAUAGUGCGGUGGAUUCUGUACAGCAACUGGAGCUCAUUGAUGACUUGCAAAGACUUGGAUUAUCUUAUCAAUUUAAAGAUGAGAUAAAGCGAAUUCUUGAUAGGGUAUACGAGACCAAGCGAAAACAAGAUGGUUUAUACGCGGCAGCUCUUGAGUUUAGACUCCUAAGACAACAUUACUAUGAUGUUCCUGCAGACGUUUUCAAUAAUUUCAGUGAUGAGAAGGGAAACUUCAAUUCAUGUGGCAAUGAUGAUUGCAAAGGAAUUUUAUCUUUGUAUGAAGCUGCAUUUCUAUUGAAAGAGGAAGAGAGUAAAAUCUUCCAUUAUUUCAGAAAUUUUGCGGCCACAUACCUGAAGGAGUAUAUCAAGGACAAGGGAGGUGAAGAUGAAUAUGUUUCCUCAUUAGUGAAGCAUGCACUAGAGCUUCCACUGCAUUGGAGGAUGCCAAGGAUAGAGGCUAGGUGGUUUGUUGAUGUAUAUGAGACAAGACAUGACUGCAACCCCAUCUUGCUUGAGCUUGCUAAACUCCAUUUCAAUAUACUGCAGGCAACGCACCAACAAGAACUUAAAGAUGUGUCAAGCUGGUGGAGGAAUACAGGUAUUGGAGAGAAGCUAAAUUUUGCACGAGACAGGCUGCUGGUGAGUUUCUUUUGGAAUUUGGGGCUAACAUCCGAGGCUCAAUUUGGAUACUUCAGAAGGAUGAUGACGAAGGUGAAUGCUCUGAUAACAAUAAUUGACGAUGUUUAUGACGUUUAUGGUACAAUGGACGAGCUUGAGCUCUUCACAGAUGCCAUUGAAAGAUGGGAUGCCAAUUCAAUGGAGCAGCUUCCAGAGUAUAUGAAGAUUGUAUAUCUUGCUCUCUUCAAUUCCGUAAACGACAUGGCUUCUCAUGCUCUCAAAGUGCAUGGGGUUGACAUUAUUCCCUACCUUAAGAAAACGUGGGCAGAUUUAUGUAAAAGCUUUUUAUUGGAGGCAAAAUGGCAUCAUGACGGACACAUCCCAACCCUUGCAGAAUACAUGAACAAUGCAUGGAUUUCCAUUUCAGGUCCUGUGCUUCUAGUGCAUGCUUAUUUCCUCGCUACAGAUCCAAUCACAGAGGAGACCAUAGAAUGCUUGGAAGAAUAUAGCAAUAUAAUCCGUUGGUCAUCAAUGAUUCUAAGACUUGCAGACGAUUUAGGAACAGCAUCGGACGAAAUGGAAAAAGGAGAUGUGGCUAAAUCUAUACAAUGUUACAUGCAUGAAACUGGAGCGUCCGAGGAGGAUGGCCGGGAACACAUAGGAGAAAUGGUUGCUGCGACAUGGCUGAAGAUGAACAGAGAUCGGCUUGAAAAUCCUCACUUGUCGACAACUUUCAUUGACAUUGCAAUGAAUCUGGGCAGAAUGGCUCAGUGCAUCUACCAGCAUGGAGAUGGGCACGGGAUUGAAGUUGGUCAGACCAGAGAUAAUGUAUUAUCUCUACUAGUAAAUCCUAUUCAGGUUCAAUCUGUUGACAGCAGUGGAUGACGCUAAAUGACACAGAGAAUGUAAAACCAAUAAAACUAUAUUGAAAAUCAAUAAAACUAAGUGUAUAAAUGAGCAUAAAUUUAUACACAAAAAAUAA